AUGUCGCGUGAGCAAGAAGCCUUGCCGUACUGGCUUGUCAACGUCCCGGCGAAUCAGAGGCCUACCGAAUGUCCAGAUUUCUUAGCAGACGCCAACGAGAAGGAUAAACAGAUUCUCGCAACGCCGGAUUCUGACUACCGCCGUCUCUCAUGGCCGGAGGUCCAGGAUCUGAUACGGAAGAAUCGGAUUGACUUGUUCCAACGAGUGCCGAGUGAUUUACGCCGAUACAAGGGCUACACUGCGAAGCUGAAGAAAGAACAUGGCUCAGUCGUGAGCUUUGUCUUGAGCGAAAGACUGAGAUGGCAAGAUUUAGUGCCUCGGGGAGAACCCUUCAGCAACCCAGACGAUACCAAAAUCCUGUUCAACGACUGGCCUUAUGGUAUCGACACAAGAAUCGUGCAUCUCGUUGUUUGGGUCAAAUUUCCGUUCGAAGAAGAUCCUGUUACCGGCGAUUUGACCGAUUCGGCCAGAAAACAAGUCGACUCGUAUGUUGAGAAGACUUUCAGAGCACGAGUUGGCUCUGAAAACUGCAUCUGGUUCAAGAAUUGGGCCAGUUUGAAGUCCAUUCAUGCAGUGGAGCAUUUCCAUGUUAUGCUUUUCGAUCCAGACAUAGAUUUCGUGGAGCACGUCACCAACAACGAUGUGCCGCUGGUCGAUAAGAUUGGGAUCAACGACUUUUGA